AUACACUAUAUUGCCAAAAGUAUUGUCCACGCUGGUAAACGGUGGCAUUUUCAAAUCUCCUGCACCGCUGAUAGCUGACAGCUGACAGCUCCAACACCAUUCAUCAUGAUUGACCAGGACCCACAACCACAUUGUUCUACAAACAUUGGUGAAAGAAUGGGUCGCUCUCAGGAGCUCAGUGAAUUCAAGCUUGGUCCCGUGAUAGGUUGCCACCUGUGCAAUAAGUCCAUCCAUGAAAGUUCCUGGCUACUAAAUAUUCCACAGUCAACUGUUAGUGGUAUUAUAAUAAAGUGGAAGCAACUGGGAACAACAGCAACUCAGCCACCAAGUGGUAGGCCACAGAAAAUGACAGAGCGGGCUCAGAGCAUGCUGAAGCGCACAGUGUGCAGAAGUCGCCAACUGUCUGCAGAGUCAAUAGCUAAAGACCUCCAAACUUCAUGUGGCCUUCAGAUUAGCACAACAACAGUGCGUAGAGAGCUUCAUGGAAUGGGUUUCCAUGGCUGAGCAGCUGCAUCCAAGCCUUACAUCACCAAGUGUAAUGCAAAGCGUUGGAUGCCAUGGUGUAAAGUACGCCGCCACUGGACUCUAGAGCAGAGAAGACGUGUUCUCUGGAGUGACCAAUCAUGAUUCUCUGUCUGGCAAUCCGAUGGACAUGUCUGGGUUUGGCAGUUGCCAGGAGAACAGUACUAGCCUGACUGCAUUGUGCCAAGUGUAAAGU